GUCCACGCUGCGAGCGUCACCGUUCUCCAUGAGCUGCUCAACUUGUGUAUUUCUUUGUUUUCAAACAGCUUUUCUUUAUUCCCAAGACUCCAGGAUGCUCUCCAGCCACCAGAACUGGACUGAAAACCUAUCCAUGGACAGCCCGAGGGGGAUUACCAUGUUACGCUGCAGGAGGUGUCGCAAGAGCUUCAUAGACUCAACGUGUUUGUAUCCACAGAUUGACACCACAGAUGACAGCACUGCUGCUGUUUGCAGUAUUUGGCAUGUGAAUGUUGACACAUUGCCAGAAUGGAUACUGACCUCAGUCCACCAGGCCCAGUGGACUGUAGGAAAACUGAACUGCCAGAACUGCGGUGCACGUUUGGGCGGCUUCAAUUUUAUUAACCACAGCAGGUGUCCUUGUGGCCAGGACAUCACUGUCCACCUCAGCAAAAGCCGCGUGGACCAUGACCACAGACACUCUGUUCACAUGGUCCAGCCAAGGAGGACGAGGCCAGAGAGGGGACCGGCCGGCCUGCAGCGCGGCACGGAGGGCUCCGAGGACGAAGAGGGAAAGCCGGAACUCAACACUCUGGCUUGUUUGCAGCUUAACUGUGCCGUCAUGUCGCGUGUCGACCCUGACACACAAGCCACGGCCCGUGCAGACGCCUCGCCCCAGCUGACUGAGACCGAAGCUACCAAGUCGUUUCCUCUCCAGCCGUUGUAUAGCAUCUCUCAUCGAAAAAAGAGCAGUUUAGACCUCGAUACCUCCAGCAGGUCCUUAGAUCUCUGCCCCGCAGGCCCCGUGGACAAACCUCUUAUUGAGAUAGUGAGGACAAGGACAGAUGAGUCUGCACAUUCACCCGUGCUGUAUCACGCGAUUCAACAGCUAGAAACUGUUGCUGAAGGUUCGUUUAACAGUGUCGCCUGCUACUCAGCUGUUUCCAGAGAGAGACGGUCACUGCUGGACCGGCAGCAGCUGCCCGCUGUGGAGAGCCUCGGGUCGUCCACUGUCACUUCAGCUGACCAUGAGGAAGUUUCUGACUCACCCAUGUUCCUGAGAGGGAGAACCAUCUCUGACAGCAUUGCCGAGCAGGAGGAGGACGUUAUGCCCCAGGCCACCAGCACCUCCCCGGCCUCAAACAGACUGAGCAAAAGGGAGCGGAACCGUCUGAAGAGUCAGAGGAGAAAACAGAGGAGGAGAGAGCGCUGGCUCCAUAGUCAGCUGGAGCAGGAACAGACACAGAGUGUGAGUGGCUUGCUGACAGACAGUGAGGAGGAGGAUCGAGACGGCUACACCUGCGCUGUGUGUCUGGAUGUCUACUACAGCCCCUACAGCUGUCAGCCCUGCGGUCACAUCUUCUGUGAGCCGUGUCUGCGCACCCUAGCCAAGAACCGACCGACCAACACACCCUGCCCCCUCUGCCGCACCCUCAUCUCCCACACACACUUCCAGAAAGAGCUCAACCAGACAGCAAAGACCUUCUUCCCAAAAGUCUACCAAGCCCGGAAGCUAAACUUCCAAAAAGCGACUUGUGCAAAGUGGCCCCUUCCCAACUGUCGCAAACGCUUCCGCAUCUUCUGGGGAUACCAGAGACAGGCAGCGACAGCCGGCCGGCGCUGGCGCUUCGCCCCUGCAGGCUUCACCCUGGAUGCUCUGGAUCUGGCUGACAUGCGUGGCUGGCUCUUUGACAUGGACCUCGUCAUCAUCUACAUCCACUCAAUCAACUGGAUCCUGGCUCUGCUCAUCCUCAUGCUCAUCUACUUCUUCUUCUCUUGAGGGACAGACAGGUGUGUUUAAGAAUAAAAGAAGUUGCAGUGCUGUUACAGUGUUUGUUUUGUUUUGUUUUGUUUGGAGGGAGGCUCUUUAGACCAACAGGUCGUCUGAAUUUUCCAGCUGUGUCAGUACACAAAAAUCAAAUUUAUGUUGUCGAUGUUAAAUUGCUGUGAAGGAAGUAGAGUACAUCUCGCCAAGAUAUGGAAGUCAAGAAGUGGGAUCCUAUGCAGGACAUGAGUUGAAGUUUAAGUUUAUUGAGAGGCCCAAUGUAUGUUACUGGAGUUUUACUGGAGUCCCUGAGGAAGGCUCUGCCGAAACGCCGGUUUGGUGAAGAAUAAACCUAAGUAAAAGAGUCGGAGUGCGCUGCCUUCCUUUAUUUCUAACAUGAAUUUGUGUAUGCCUGGGGGGUCUGUGAGUGUGUGUUCUCAUUCGUUCUUCAUUGUGACUGGACACCGACCAAAACCCUCAGUUAAGGUUUAGGGAAAAGUGUAAGAUUUUGAACUGGGAAGUAUGUAGCAAAUCUGUUUUGAUGGAAGGCGAGCAAAGGUGGCUGUCUGACUCGUUUUGUCAUGCAGGAUACGUUUUAAAGGCUGGACUACAAAAGAUGUGGAGCCACUGAUUGUUGAAGCCCAGAUAACAAGUAAAAAAAAAAAAAAAAAAAGUGCAUCACUACUUUACCUUCAGUCCUGAUUAUUUUUGCAUAAAUUGUGGUACCUCUGGUUUGUUGGGUCCUGAACACUUCUUCUGAUCUGCCAUGUUUAUUUCUCUCUGUUGAUUUGACUGGACAAUAUAAAAAAACUGACAGUGAUGUCGAAAAAUUCAACCAGAAGGGCAAAAGUAGUGUGCAAAAGGCUUCAACUACAUUGAAAACAAUUAGAAAAAGCCACCCUCUGCUGCUUAAAAACGUAUCGUGUGCUGUCAGGCCCUUUGGAAGCUGAGCAGUCCCUGCGGGGUGUCUGUCAGGACAGAUGAUCCACGGGACAUUUUGUUUUUUUUACAGUUCAAACAUGCAGGCAUGUCACGGGAAAGAGAGCAUAAAGGGAAUCAAGAAUAUUAUAGCUUUGCAGUACACUCCUUUUCAACAGUUUGACAGAUUCAGAAUCCACAAAAGCUGUUAAUUAUUGAAUUCAAACAUUUAGGUUAUCUUUUUCUAACAGUUAAUAACAAGUAGUAAAUACCAUAACAAAUAAUAAUAAUCAUAAUUUAUAUAGUACUUUUCAAGCAUGGAUAAGUGAGUGUGUAAGGAUACAACAACCAGAAAUUAUACACAGAGCAGUAUUGGCUGUUAAUUAACUUAUUACUAUGUUUGAUUUAUGCAACAGGGGCCAACUUUUAGUGAGCUACAGAACGUGUUGCUGCCAUAUUGCCCGGCCGUUGAAAUAUUCAGAACUUGGUGCCGCAGCGUCGUCUUUUGGAAACCUGCAGUAAACCUGAUGAUGGCUGUAAAUGUGCUCUGACCAAAUUAGCCGGCAGCAUCUGGAGUAAUGUAUCCUGUAUGAGUCAUUAAGCUUUAUUGGCAAUCUUAAUUGGCCAUAACCAAGGCUGUGGUUCAACGGUAAAAGACCGAGAGAGUAGAAAAAGCCACAGCACGUCACCUGGAGCAGGUGCUCUGCUCAGGUCAUAAUAUUAUAUUAUCGAGGUGCACCAGCACUCAGGGACCUGGAAGGAGCCUCUGGCCACAUUAUAAACAGAACUCAUUAAUUGUAGAUACAGUAUUUGCAGACAUAAUAACCUCUGAUUUAUUAAUAGUCAUAUACACAAUGCACAGCAACAGCAACAGCAAGCAGGUGGCCUUACAUAUUAGUAUGGAAUUGAGUUAGAAAUUAAAUACUGUAAAAUCUGUUGUUUAUAAUCUGUCUCUUAUAGUAGUAUCAGGAAUCUUGAUGUUUUAACAAUCACCUGACACUUAUGAACAUCUGGCCAGAGUGCUCUUUAUAUUUAUUAUUGGCUUAUCACAACAAUUUACACAUCCCUUAGGACAUACUACCUAUCAUGCCACCAUGAUAUCACUGCACUCACAGGCUGAAGGCACUGCAUGUGUUUCACUUUAAAAGGUAGGUUUAAUACAAUUACAUUUUGAUUGAAUCAAGAAAAGUAAUCCCUACAUGUAGAGAACAUACUGUAAAUGAAUAAGAUAAUAUGUCAGAAUGUCAGCGAUAUUACAGCAUCCUUGGUCAGCAAGUUGCUUUCAAAUUAAAUUUGUGGCUUGGGCAUCUGCCAAACCAAGGAACUUCAGGAGCCGGGGAGCUUUUCUGCGCUGUCAGUCAGUUGCAAAGCUGAUUUCCAGCGGCCCAGUGGGGAGGGGGCAGAAGGGAGAGGACGGCUAAGGGCUUUAGGCUUCCUGUUUUCCUCCAAACUCACCUGCCAUGGUUUUAAACACCGUACCUUCAGAAGAGUAUUCAGUUACUUUACAACAAAAUGUGGGUAUGGCCAAAUGGGUUGAAUACUUGAGAAAAGUAAUACAAAAAUAAUAGAAAACAUACAGCAGAACAGGCAGAAGGAAUAUCGAAUAUUGAGUAUUUUUGGAAUGUAUUUGUUUACUUAUUUUUUUAAGGAAAGUGUUUAGUCCUUUUGCAGAGACAUUACAUGCUGAUUUAAAGUACAUCCAGGCUUGUCUGAUUGUUCUUGACAUGUUUCUGGACUUUGGUUUGAGUUGAGGGGCCAAUUAACAACAUGACGGACACACGACUAUAGUGGUUCCACAGUUGACAGGGGUGGAACAAUUAAACUGAUAAUGUAAUACAUCACAAUAGUUCAAGACAUUAUCGAUAUCCUUGUGCCUAGUACUGAUAAUUGAGUUUUCAACUUAAUUUGCACAGAAAGCACAUUUGAGUCUUUAGGUAUUUUAACUGGACCUGUUCUGUCAUGUUCAUGUAGCCGCUGUGCAUAUUAAAACACUGAAAACAUGA